AUGACCCAGCCGCCUGGUUUUGUGAAUCCCGCUGCCCCCACGCAUGUUUGCAAACUUGCUAAGUCCCUAUACGGCUUGAAGCAGUCCCCUCGUGCUUGGUUUCUUAAGUUGACUACUACCUUACUGGAUUGGGAUUUUCAAGCAUCAAAAGCUGACUGUUCUAUGUUUAUGUACAGAUCUGGAGCUAUUAUGUUGAUUGUUCUUAUCUAUGUAGAUGAUAUUAUCAUCACAGGAUCUACCUCUGCUGUUAUUUCUUAUUUGAUUGGUUAUCUUCGCACCAAAUUUGCAGUGAAAAAUCUGGGUUCGCUACACUAUUUUUUGGGCUUGCAAGUGUCUCGGACUGCUCAUGGAAUGCAUCUUUCUCAGACCAAGUACAUCAGAGAUCUUCUUACAAAAACAGGUCUCUUGGACUCCAAACCAGUCCCUACUCCAAUAGCUUUGGGCUCUCUUUCUAUUCAUGAUGGUGACUUGCUCUCCGAUGCCACUUCAUAUCGCAGCAUUAUCGGUGCUCUUCAAUAUUGCACAUUCACUAGGCCUGACAUCUCCUACUCAGUUAACAAGUUAUGCCAGUUUAUGCAUUCCCCUACUACGGUCCAUCUACAGGCUGCGAAGCGGGUACUGCGAUAUCUUAAAGGGACUCCUCACUUGGGACUUUUCAUUCAGCCCGAUUCUAUUUCACAACUCCGCUGCUUUACCGAUGCAGAUUGGGCUUCUUGUCCUGAUGAUCGGCGUAGCACUAGUGCAUAUUGUGUUUUCCUUGGCCUUAACCUUCUCUCGUGGUCCUCUUCCAAGGAGAAAGUGGUCUCACGCUCCAGUACAGAAUCUGAAUAUCGAGCCCUUGCCAAUGGGGCCUCCGAAGUCUCUUGGCUUGAAACAUUGCUGGCUGAACUUGGAUUUCCAGUCUCCAACCCGUCUGUGCUUCAUUGUGAUAAUAUUAGCACCCUUCAUUUAGCCUCCAAUCCAGUUCUGCAUGCUCGUACCAAGCACGUGGAAAUCGAUUGUCACUUUGUGCGUGAACGGGUCAAUCGUGGUAGUCUUCGUCUUGUCUUCACUCCUUCGUCGGAUCAACUUGCAGAUUGUCUAACCAAACCGCUUGUGGCUUCUCGGUUCCAUGACUUACGCACCAAACUCAACGUCCUUCCUUGCCCGUUGAGUUUGCGGGGGGAUGUUAAACCAUAA